CACCUCUGUGAGCCAUCGGAAUCGACGGUUGAUACCACAACUCGCCCCCGCGGAACGCCGACACAUAAUCUAGACAAUACGACCCCAGUGCAGUGCCCAGUUAAUGUGCUCCAACCAGGGAACCCACUUGCAACCAGCGGACGCUGCGCCACAGCCAGAGUUCCGGGAUUAAAGGGCGGCGCAGCAGCAGCAGGCUUCUGAUAUCGUAACUCCGGAUCGGAGCGAAAGGCCUCCAAGAUAUUCUGCCGAGGAACACAACGUUUGGGAUUUUGGGAUCAUACCAAGCCGAUGCCCAGGAAUAGUGUGCUCCUGAACAGGAACAAUGGCCGAUCGCGUUCUGUGCCAGGAGUUGGCAACGCCAGGUACUCACUAUCGUCGCCCCAAGUCGGGCAUAGCCAGCCCCAAUAUGGGGUACGCCAAUGGAGGCGGAUCCUGGCGAGCGGCUCCGAGGCACACCCAGAAACAGCAGCAUCAGCAGCAGCAGAGGCAAACGACGCCCCAGCAAUAUGGCAACAGUCCGGGAACUGGAACAACAAGCGGCGGUGGAGGAAGGUAUGUGGGCAAGUCCACGGCGGAGGAGCCGCAGCCAGUGGAGUCCACUGGAGCUGAGGUGGUGGCGGGUCUGCCGGCCACUCCGCGCACAACCAAGCAGACGCGCAACAAAAGUGAAGAAGCCAUCAAUGAUCUCCUUGUGCGUAUACCGGACAUUGGCAAACUGUUCGAUGUCCACAGCCGGAUUGGAAAUGGCACCUUCAGCACCGUCUUACUGGGGACUCUGCGGCGGGAAUCACAUCUGCCGGACAGUCUGCGCCGCAAGUUCGCCAUCAAGCAUCAUAUACCCACCAGCCAUCCGGAUAGGAUAAUGAAGGAGCUGCAGUGCAUGACCAAAAUGGGGGGAACGGAGAACGUGGUGGGCAUCCACUGUUGCCUGCGAUGCGAUGCCUCCGCCGCCUUCGUGAUGCCCUACAUGGCGCACGACCGAUUCCACGACUUCUACACGCGUAUGGAUGUGCCCGAGAUCCGGCUGUACAUGCGCAAUCUGCUGGUGGCCCUGCGCCAUGUCCACAAGUUCGAUGUUAUCCAUCGGGAUGUGAAGCCGAGCAACUUUCUCUACAAUCGCCGCCGGCGCGAGUUUCUUCUGGUCGAUUUCGGGCUGGCACAGCAUGUAAAUCCCCCGGCUCUGGGAUCUUCAGGAUCCUCCGUUGCCAACAACAACAACAACAAUAGCAAGCGACCCCGCGAGCGGGAUGCCAUGGAGACAGUGCAGCAAAGUGCACCAGCAGAUGCUGGCCUGGGUGGAGCUGUCAAGCGCAUGCGUUUGCACGAGGAGUCCAGCAAGAUGCCCCUGAAACCAGUCAAUGAUAUUGCCCAAAGCGAGCUGCAGCAGUCGGCUGCGGCAGAUGGCUCCAAUCCCGUCCAGCAACAGCCAGUGCAGCAACUGCAGCAGCAGCAACAGGGCCAGAUGGAUCAGACACCCUCGACCGCGUCUGGCAGCAAGUACAAUACGAAUCGAAAUGCCUCGGUAGCGGCGGCCAAUAAUGCCAAGUGCUUCUGCUUUGCAAAUCCAUCUGUUUGCCUCAAUUGCCUGAUGAAGAAGGAGGUGCAUGCCUCCAGGGCAGGAACACCUGGCUACCGGCCGCCAGAGGUGCUGCUCAAGUAUCCGGAUCAGACCACCGCCGUUGAUGUUUGGGCGGCGGGUGUGAUCUUCCUCUCGAUCAUGUCGUCUGUGUACCCGUUUUUUAAGGCCCCCAACGACUUCAUUGCUCUGGCCGAGAUUGUCACAAUUUUCGGAGAUCAGGCGAUUCGAAAGACGGCCUUGGCCCUGGAGCGCAUGAUCACGUUGAGCCAAAGGUCCAGGCCACUCAAUCUGAGGAAGCUGUGCCUGCGUUUUCGCCACCGUUCCGUUUUCAGUGACGCCAAGCUCCUCAAGAGCCACGAAUCUGUGGACGGAAGGUGCGAAGUGUGCCGGAACUGCGAUCAGUACUUCUUCAACUGCCUGUGCGAGGAUAGCGAAUACCUGACGGAGCCACUGGAUGCCUACGAAUGCUUUCCGGCCAGCGCCUAUGAUCUGCUGCAUCGCCUGCUGGAGAUUAAUCCCCAUAAACGGAUCACCGCCGAAGAGGCACUGCAGCAUCCGUUCUUCACGGCCGCCGAAGAGGCCGAACAGGCGGAUCAGGAUCAAGUGGCAAACGGAACACCGCAAACACGAAAGGUACGCCGGCAACGGUAUCAUAACCACAAGACGGUGGCCGCAACGCCGGAGCAACUGAAGCAGCAGGUGGCCCUCGACCUGCAGCAGUCGGCCAUCAACAAACUGUGAAACUAGUCCUCACCACACACAUUUUGUAUAUAAACUAUGCCCAAAUCACAUAUCACGAUUGUAUAUAGACCACACCCACCACCCACCACCACCGAGCACAUCUCAUAUGCACCCAGGCCCAGAAGAAACUCGUCCAGUGUACAGUGUCCAAGUGUCCAAGUGCCCCCGCUCGGCCACAUCUACUUACCUCAGGCUGCAGGAAGGAAACCAAAUGAAGCACUCAAUCCACGCAUAUAUAUUUAUAGAAACGUUUCAAGCAUGAACAAUAGGCAAGGAAUACCAAAAAGAAAGCGAAGAGAGAAUGAUUAUGAAGUAUGGUCGAAAGGAUUGGGCCACCGCCCAGUGGCAGAAGUUCUGCACUAUCCAGCAUGUUGUAUAGUUCGAAUAGUCUUAGCUAACCUAAGUAAUUAUUGUAUAUCUGAAAGUGCGUGCGCAGAUAUAUUAUUUAGAACCGAAAAUAUAUUUAUACCAUGAAUAAUGAAUGAAAUUUAUAAUACGGAACCGAAGAAAUUAAACAAUUGAACUCAAAUGCA